GAAGCAAUCAGCGUAUAAUUCAGUUUCAACGAGGCACCAAGAACGACGGAGCUUAUUUAAUUUCGACCACCUAGAAGUACCUAGGAGCUGGAAUAUUUUCAACAUUGUAAGCAAGGCUUCGACACGUCAACAUGUCUACGAAACCAGCAGAGCACGUCAAGCGGCCCAUGAAUGCGUUCAUGGUUUGGUCCCGAGAGGAGAGGCGAAAAAUUGCUCAAGACAACCCAAAGAUGCACAACUCGGAGAUCAGCAAAAAACUUGGCGCAGAAUGGAAGAAGUUGACAGACGUGGAGAAAAAGCCGUUUGUAGAGGAAGCUAAACACCUCCGAGCCCAGCAUAUGAAGGAUCAUCCUGAUUACAAGUAUAGGCCCAGACGCAAGCCUAAAUCACUCCUCAAGAAAGUCGACCGCUAUCCCUUCCCACUACCACCGUGUUUACCGACAUCCGAGGAAUUGCUCAAGUGCACUCCGCCUGGCAUCCCAACGACGUCUUUCGUGACUGAUCCGUACUCUUCAAGCGUGAGUGGCAAAGCGCGAUCGUUUCUGCCGGUGUCAUCGGCGUACACUUUCGACUCGAGUGCGAACCACUCCAUUACCCCAUCCAGAUUUGACCGCGGACUUGAGAUCCCAAACGCCGUCCGACCCGACAUGCUGACGGGAGGGCAAAUUUACCCUCAUUCACUCUACCCAAGCGCCGCUUCAACGACAAGCUCAGCUCUUCUGAGCUCCUCUGGAAUGCCUGUUCUCCCUGGCGGACAGUUAAAUCCCCAUUCCCAUCUUCACGCGAUUCAGGGCGCGAAUGGACAGUACACCGUACCUUGUAACUGUUCAUCGUGGCCGCAAGGACAAGAUGUACGGAGGCCGGUCGCCUAUCUACUCCUUUAGUUCAAGUGACUGACUUCUAAAUCUAUUUAUCACGAUGAACUAUUUAUGUAUAAUACAGCAAAUAACUGGUGUAAAUUAUUUCUUAUCGAACAAGCAAGAAUCUUAUUAUCCGCGUUUAAACAUGCCAAGCUUUCCUUUUGGUUUCAACUCUGCUGAUGACAAGCAUUUCAGUUUAUAGUGAUGUUGAAGAUUUUUAACGACCAAAUUUCUUACCGCAUUAAUCGUUGCCCGAUUGCAACGUGGUAUAGAGUUUGUAUAUUAUAAAGGCUAAGUGUGUGAAUAUUGAAAUAUUGAAGCAAUUCUUAUUCGACUUUAUUUGUAGGGUUAGUGGC